AUGCCCGCUUUGAUCGAGAGCUCCGAGCCCGUCGUUCCCGUGCUGCGCGUUCGCGAGCUCGAGGAUGACGAGGAAUACGUCAUGACCGCAUUCGAGCGCCAUGCCAGCCAUUGCUCGCACUGCGCGGACCCCCUACGAGCUCACCAGGAGGAUCGUUCCCUGUGUGACCGCGGCCACCAGUAUGCGCUCGACGUCGCCGAAUACCUGUACAGCGAGAACGGAAAGGCCAAGUCUGUGAUCGAUCGCGAGCUGCACCAAACCACACUGGUUAAGAUUCCCCGGCACUGCACCGCUGUCCGUGGCCUGCUCCUUGCCAUCGAGGAUGGUUUGCGCCUGCAGCGUAAGGAGAAAACGCAGUCUCAAGUCCAGGUUCGGGUUCCGCCUCAGGCCCCCGUCAUCAGCUACGAUAAGACAUAUCCCGUUGCACCUCGUCGAGUGGUCACCCAGCAGCCUACUACAGUGAAUGAGAUCAUUGAGCGGGAGCCACGCACCCUCAAGCGUCGCCGGGUGAUCAUCUACCCAUCCCCUCGGGAGUCCUCUUCCCGGGGCUCCCUGUACGACUCGGAUGCGGCAGAUCGUAUGGAGCGCUUCAAGGAGUCUUCGCGCAUUUACCGUCCCACUACAUACUAUCGUUGA